AUACAAUAAUAUGUUAAUGGGGAGUUGCGUAUUAUCUUCAUUCACGACAUUAUUUGAACCCUUAAUUGAUUCUAUCAAUCAUUUCAUAUGGGAAUAUGGGAUGCUUAAAAUAAAAAUACUAGAUGUAGAUUGAUUGAGUGAUCAAAUUGGAUCCACGCACAAAUUGAAGUUGAUGGGCAGAUUACGUGUCCAUUCCUUUCACCACCCAAACUUGGUAUCUCCUCUAACAAUAAUAAUAAUAAUCUCACCGCUCCCUCCUACACAGGAGGAUGGUUGGUUUGCCCAACAGACGUCUCAGAUUCCUCAAUACAACCCAACAAGCUUUGCCUCAAAACACUCCCACUCCCAGGCUCACAUCUGCGUCGUUUUGCUUCAGUGACAUCAUGUUGCCUGAUUCUGGCGAGUUUCCAUCUCUUUAGCUUUUGUUUUACUCACACAGGUCCUUUUUUUCUUCGGAUUUGCCGGAUUCGGUGCCUCUCUUUACCAACUUCAACAACACACCACCGCCUUCUAAAUUAAACCAUUAAAUUAUUCCACCUUCAAAAAGGCAACAACAACAAUCCUCCCUCAGGAGUGAUUCUCACCACUCUCUGUAAAGUUCCAUCACUCCCACAUAUAAAUAGAGGAGGCACUCUCUCUUUUUGGUGUUGUGUUUCAUUUCCAAGAAUGACAAGAAAAAGUGAACAUCUGCAAGACAAGGAAAGUAUUAAUAGUUCCGAGCCGUUGAUUCCAGGACUGCCUGAUGAUAUCGGGCAGCUAUGUCUUCUCCACCUUCCAUAUCCAUACCAAGCUUUCGCUCGCUCGGUUUCUUCUUCAUGGAAGGAGACCAUAACGGACCCUCGCUUUUUUCUCUCCAAACAAGCCUUGUCACUCUCCUUGCCUUAUAUCUUCGUCUUCGCAUUUCACAAAUCAACGGGUAGGAUUCAAUGGCAAGCCUUUGAUCCUCGAUCACGCCGUUGGUUUAUAUUGCCUCCGAUGCCGUCCCCGAAAGCAGUAUGUGCGCCUGCCUUUGCGUGUACUGCAAUGCCUCAUGAGGGGAAGCUCUUCGUUCUUGGUGGUAUGCGGUCGGACACGGAGACUUCCAUGAGGACAACCUUCAUCUACAGAACGUUAACGAAUCAAUGGUCUAUAGGUUCUCCUAUGCCGACUCCGCGAUCUUUCUUUGCCGUCGGAUGUGUGAACGGUAAGAUCUUAGCCGUCGGUGGAAGUGGGUCCGGGAUCAGUGACUCGGUCAGAGCUGUUGAGUGCUAUGAUUCAGAGAGUGAUACGUGGAGUUCUGUUGCUAAGAUGCGCACAGGGUUAGCUAGGUACGACUCGGCGGUGGUGGGGGACAAGAUGUACGUGACGGAGGGGUGGACGUGGCCGUUCAUGUUUUCGCCAAGAGGUGGUGUCUACGAUCCCGACGAGGACACGUGGCAGGAGAUGAAUGAUGGUAUAAAGGAAGGAUGGACAGGUGUGAGCGUGGUGUUAAAUGGCAGGUUAUUUGUGAUAUCGGAGCACGGUGACUGCCCGAUGAAGGUGUACGAUCCGGAGGGUGACACAUGGCGGUAUGUGGGUGGUGAGAGGUUCCCACGGGAGGCAAUGCAGAGGCCAUUCGCUAUCGGGGGAGGGGAAGGGAAGGUAUAUGUAGUGGCAUGUAGGUUAAAUGUGGCGAUUGGGAGGGUAUUUGAGGGAAAGCACAAAGAAAUAAGUGUGGAGUGGGAGGUUGUGAGUGGUCCCAAAGCAUUUCAUGACUUCUCUCCUUGCAGUUGCCAAGUACUUUAUGCCUAAUAAGCCUUGAUUACAGUAGUAAAUUUUGUAAGAUUAUAAGUUGUUGGCUUAAUGUCACCUCUAAAUUUUGUUCAAUUAAAGUUAAAGGUGUUUCUACCUUGACAAAAUUAUUAGGGUCA